GCUUGUGCGAAGUCGGUGCGUCAUUACGCACACACCAACCAUUUCCAGAGACACUUCAAUCCACUGAGGAGGUCGAGCUGAGAAAGUGGGGGGUGGUGUGAGAAAUCACCAGCUCGUUUUCAGACAUCUGCAUGAUUUAGAGUAGCUGUGUGUGCGCGCUGUGAGAGCCUUGCUGUCCGACUGGAAAGACCUGGUGCUUCUCUGGUUCCUGCAGUGCGGAUGUGCGGCUGCGCGUCACCGCGUCGUUGAGCUGAACCUCGGUUUCACACGGACCGGAGCGAUGGCGCGCUGCACGUUCUGGAGCACGCUGUGUCUCUUCUUCAUGUCCUCUGCUGGACUUUCUUUCGGUACCGGUUUCAUCUACCCGUUCCCGGGACUCACAGUGCAGCAUAUGAGCUCAGAACAAAGCGUCGCUGGACCCCCGGCCGCAGGGAUCAGCUCUCAGCGCAGGAACUGGUGCCAGUACACGGUAUCGAAGACGGUUACGUGCCAGGUGCAUAAUGGCACUGAGACAAUGGUGCACAGGGUGUUCCAGGGCUGUAGAUGGCCAGGACACUGCUCUAAAGUCAUCAGUUACAGGACUCUGAUCAGACCUUCGUAUAAGGUGGCCUAUCGACAGGUGACUGCGCUUGAAUGGAGGUGCUGUCCUGGCUUCCUGGGAAGUGACUGCAGUGUAGAAUGUAUGAACUGUACAGGUUACACUGACCUGAACAAUCGCCUGAACAACCUGGAGAGAAAGAUCAAGUUGUUACAGGAGGCUGGACCUCGUCGUCCAUCUAUCAAUACUCUCCCAGAAAGAUCAACAGACAAUGAGGUAGAAACCCCAAAGCCCACCCCUAGGGGACCCCCACCUUUUUGGCAACCAGGGACAAGGGGCCCUCCAGGGCCAAUGGGACCACCUGGUUCAUCGGGACCUCCGGGACCUGCAGGGGAGACAGGUGCUCCUGGCCAACCAGGACCCACAGGCCCAAAGGGGGAAAGAGGCUUUCCAGGUGAAAUUGGUCUUCCAGGUCCUCCAGGACAACCUGGCCUGCCCAACUCUAUUCCUCUACGGGGGGAUGUAUUUCUGGGUGAAACAGGUCAUAUAGGACCUCGAGGCCCACCUGGUCCUUCGGGCCCCCCAGGUCCUGCUGGAGCUCCUGGCAUUCCAGGUUUACCUGGACAAGAUGCACCAAGGGGUCUUCCAGGCAAAGCUGGAGAACCAGGACCUAAAGGAGACCGAGGUGAAAGGGGACCUCCAGGAUUAAUUGGGGAGCAAGGCUUGACUGGUCCAAUGGGUGCCAAGGGGCAGAAAGGCGAGCCAGGACAGAGCCUGCCUGAUGGUGAAGGAGUUCAGCAGCUGAGAGAAGCUCUGAAGAUCCUGGCUGAGCGAGUGCUCAUUCUGGAGCAUAUGAUUGGCAUCCAUGAGAACCCAGCAGAGGCCGGCUCUGGACUAGAUGGCCUGUCAGAUGUUCUCGGUCUACCAGCAACAAAGAUCAAACGGGCCGAAUCGGUGCGCCUUCGCUCUUCUUCUGUCCAGCAAAAAAGGAGGAGUGUUUGACAUUUACACCAAUGAUGUUGUGUAGCUGUCAUUCAUUGCUGUUCAUAGUUAUCCAGCGAAAUCCUGAGCAAACAGCACUAUUCAGAACUUUUAUAACCAUUUAUAAGGAAAUUGUUUUUGCUGUACAGUUUUCACAAGUAAAUGUAUGAAUCCUUUUUUUAAUAAGACAUGAAAGUGUUUUUGUGUGUGUACUUGAGUGUGUACUAAAGUGUGUGUGUGUGUAUGUGCGUGCGUGCGCUCUUUGUAAGUUCUGAUUUUUAUAGUUCAUGGACUAUGCGCAACCUGUCAUCUUGCUGUCUCUGCACUCUGCUCGUUCUUCCUCGUGCCCAGUAAACACACACUUAUAGACAGGCCCACACUACACCUGGUGAUGGCUCGUCAGACUUCUUCAGGCUCAUUUACAGGUCUUAAGCUUGUUAGAGUCAGGAAGGAACAAAUGAGGCUCCUGUCUGCUAGGCAGCUCCAAAUAAAAUAUUGUCAAAUGAGAAACAUCUGGAUCAGGGUCCAAAAAAAAGAAAAGUUUAAAAGAAAGAAACACCCCAGCCACCUAUUGCUUUAGUUCUGCAGCUCUGAAAACAGCUUGUUCAGAUUUGGUAGGAUGUUUUCUGUCAGCUAAAUUGCAACCAUGGCUUUGAUUCCCUGUGGUCUUGGUCUCUCUCUGCUUCUUUUCUGUUUUCUCUUGUAUUAUUUGUCUCGCCCUACUGUGUGAAUAAGUGUAACAAACGUAUCACUUGGACUGCAGCUUUCCUUCUCUGCCAUUGCAGGCCAUCUUUUCUCCCGAGUAUGUUUACCGAGAGUACAGCUGGUUCUGUAGAAGGGAAAUUAAUAAGGUACUUACUCGAAGAUAACGAAACAUGUCUCUGUGACUCGGUGCUCUGCUGUAAUGGGAUUGCCCUAUUUAUAAGCCAAUCAUUUUCAAAAGCCACUUUCUCCAGAUAACAUUUGUUUCAUUCAUUUAUGCUCCAUUAGCACUGAGACAAGAUUACAGUGCAUAUUGACUUCCAAGCAUAAGGACCCUAUUUCUAAUCAUUUAUUUAACGACUUGGUCAUUUUAGCUUCGAUGUUAUGUAUGUGAAUUAUUGGUUUACUUUGACUGUAGCCUGUAGGAUUUUACCACAAGUUGACCUCUUUCUUGCAUCAGCUGAUUAGCGGUGGUACACUGCUGGUUCAGUAUUUUAAAAAAGGGAAGAAAAAAACCCCACAACAAUUUAAUUUGUUCUCAUACAGUAGUUACCAGCAGUAUUAAUAAUAUUUAACAACAAAAUAAAUAUGAUGUGACUUAAUUUGACUUUGUACUGUACUGGAGACUGUAUGGUGUCAUGGCUGUUAGUAUAUUCUGCCUUAUAUUUGGCCAAUAUUUACUUUUUUUUUGCACUCUGAUAUCAGGUUGAUAUGGCAACAUGUCAAUAAAAAUUGAUCUCAAGGUUUUCUGGGAGUUCCUUUGUAAAUUGGUGUGCACACACAUACAAAAUUUAUGCCAUUUAUAAUAAAAGAUUCAAGAUUGA